AUGACCGGUCUAAAACCCAUAAUCGCCCUCUCAUUCGUACCAUACCCACCCCCUUCCUCCCUCCCCAAAAUCCCCCUACCAAUUCCCGGCGCCGGCUAAGCAUUCCAGAUCCUUGCGAUCGGCUUCCUCCUGGUAAUCCUCUCGAGCGCCCUCUUCGGCAACUACUUCCCGCUGCUGGUAGUAGCAAACUAUGUCCUAACGCCACUUCCUAAUGCCAUCUGUGGGCGCGCUUCCUCCUCCUCCUCCAUCUUCUCCGACGGGGCGGAGAGUAGCAGCGUGGUAGACCUGGGCAGGUUCUUGACGGGCUUUUUGGUGGUUAUGGGGAUUGGUUCGUUUUGCCUUUCCUGGAAAAGGGGGGGGUAUGUGCGGUGGGGCUAACGGUGAUCUCUGGUAUCAUAGCAUUGCCGGGCGUGUUGGCGCAUUCGGGUAUCAUCACGGUUCCCGCCAUGGCCAUGGCGGUGGUGGGUGGGUUGUUGAUUUAUGGGACUGUUGUUUGCUUUGGGCUGUUUUUCAUGGAAGAGGAGGAGGGGGCUUUGGGAUUUUAGGGGUGGGGGUAAGUUAGGGAGCUGACGUAAUGUUGUCGUAAUUGGUUAAAUUGGGUGCUCUCUCCAUUUAUUGGUUUGUUAACUGUCAGAUGAUUUGGUUACUAUUGGGAUGGAGGCUGGGUCGUAUUGUGCGCGUAAAAGGACAGGUUUCCGAGGAAGAAAGAAAGUAAGAUACAACAUAUAUCUACAAUGUGUUGCCCCGAUUUGUAGUACGAACAUUGAAUUAUAGGUACACUGUUUGGCCGUUUGUUA